GUGGAGCCCGGCGGUGGCGCCCCGCAUCCCCCGCCCUGCCGCUCCCGGAGUGCGGGACCUUGCUGAGGGGUAAGUGCGCCCCCGCGCCCCCUCUGUCUCCGGCCCACCCCCGCCUCCUCCGCCCCAGCCCCUGUCCCUCUCCCAUCCCCACCCACCCGGCUUGGCACUCCGGAAGCUGUGGCGAGGAGGGCCGUGGCCGGGCUCAGCCCCGCGCCACCCCCAGGCGGCCAGGAGGGGAUGGCCCUGGGGAGCAGGAGGCGGGAAGUCGCUCUUACCACCGAGGCCGAGGGCUGGUCACCGCCCCCGAGCCCCGACAUGGAGGAGCUGCUCCGGAGCGUGGAGAGAGACCUGAACAUCGAUGCCCGGCAGCUGGCUCCAGCCCCGGGGGGCACCCACGUGGUGGCCCUAGUGCCUGCGCGCUGGCUGGCCAGCCUCCGCGAGCGCCGGCUGCCCCCGGGACCGUGUCCCCGCGCGGAAGGCCUGGGCGAAGCGGAAGUCAGAACUCUCCUGCAGCGCUCCGUGCAGAGGCUGCCGCCCGGUUGGACGCGAGUGGAGGUCCACGGGCUGCGGAAACGGAGGCUCUCUUACCCGCUGGGCUCCCUGCCUUUUGAGGAGGGGUCCGGCAGCCCGGAAACCCUCACUCGCUUCAUGCAGGAUGUGGCUGCCCAGAAUUAUCGCAACCUGUGGCGCCACGCAUAUCACACUUACGGGCAGCCCUAUAGUCAUAGCCCGGCCCCUGCAGGUGUCCCUGCCCUGGACUCAGUACGACAAGCUCUGCAGAGGGUCUAUGGUUGCCCCUUCCUGCCAGUGGGCGAAGCUACCCAGUGCCCAUCACAUGCCAGAGAUGGCCCCUGUCCUCCUCGGGGCAACCCUGCCUCUCCCAGUCUUCUGAGAGCUGAGGCUCUGCUGGAGUCACCAGAGAUGUUGUAUGUGGUGCACCCCUAUGUGCAGUUCUCCCUGCAUGAUGUGGUCACCUUCAGCCCCGCCAAGCUAACCAACAGCCAAGCCAAGGUGCUCUUCAUUCUCUUCCGCGUGCUGAGGGCCAUGGAUGCCUGUCACCGCCAGGGACUGGCCUGUGGGGCCCUAUCUUUGCACCACAUCGCUGUGGAUGAGAAGCUUUGCAGUGAGCUACGGCUGGACCUGAGUGCUUACGAGAAGCUCAGAGAGGAUGAGGAUGAGGAGAUCUCUGUAGCAAGAAAUGGGGCAGGCAUUGAGCCUGGAGAGGAGGGAGGAGGGGGACCUGGGUGUCCCACCUGCCAGGAGGAACUUAGGGACCUCGUGCUAGACUGGGUCCAUGGCCGCAUCAGCAACUUCCACUACCUCAUGCAGCUGAAUCGCUUGGCAGGUCGGCGGCAGGGGGACCCCAACUACCACCCAGUGCUGCCCUGGGUGGUGGACUUCACCACGCCCCGGGGGCGCUUCCGAGACCUGCGCAAGUCCAAGUUCCGCCUCAACAAGGGGGAUAAACAGCUGGACUUCACGUAUGAGAUGACGCGGCAGGCGUUUGUGGCAGGUGGCGCCGGGGGCGGGGAGCCACCGCACGUUCCUCACCACAUCUCUGACGUGCUUUCUGACAUCACAUACUAUGUGUACAAGGCUCGGCGCACACCCCGGUCGGUGCUCUGUGGACACGUGCGGGCGCAGUGGGAGCCCCAUGAGUAUCCGGCAAGCAUGGAGCGUAUGCAGAGCUGGACACCUGAUGAGUGCAUCCCCGAGUUCUACACCGAUCCCUCCAUCUUCUGCUCCAUCCACCCUGACAUGCCUGACCUGGACGUGCCGGCCUGGUGCAGCUCCAGCGAGGAGUUCGUGGCUGCCCACCGGGCGCUGCUGGAGAGCCGAGAGGUGUCCCAGGACCUACACCACUGGAUUGACCUCACCUUUGGCUACAAACUCCAGGGCAAGGAGGCCGUGAAGGAGAAGAAUGUCUGUCUGCACCUGGUGGACGCCCACACUCACCUGACCAGCUACGGCGUGGUGCAGCUCUUCGAUCAGCCGCACCCCCGGCGCCUGGCCGGGGCCCCUGCCCUUGCCCCUGAACCUCCACUCCUCCCCAGGCUGUUGUUCCAGCCCAUCCAGGAGAGCACAGGCCGGGAGGACUUACCAGCGCAGCUUACGAAUGGAACGGGCAGGCCAGUUUUGGAAGCCACUCCCCGUGAGGCUGCCUGGGCCAGGGACAGGCCCGUGGUGGGGGAGGAUGACUUGGAGCAGGCCACAGAAGCUCUGGAUUCCAUCUCCCUCACCGGGAAGGCAGGUGACCAGCUGGGCCCCUCUUCCUCCUCCUCCUCCUCCUCCUCCUCCUCUUCUAGUCAAGCCCCUCCAGGCCUCCUGCCUUUCUCAGGGGCCUCAGCCUCUCGAGCAGGCCGCCGGAACAAAGCUGCUGGGGUAGACCCCGGGGAAGGUGAGGAGGGCAAGAUUCUUCUUCCGGAGGGCUUCGGUCCUCUGCAGGCUCUGGAAGAGUUGGAGAAACUGGGCAACUUCUUGACCAAAGGCCUCGGGGGCCGCUUGGAGGUGCCUCAGCAGCCCCAGGUCCAGCGAGCUGUGCAGCUACGGGACCUCUUCCAUCGGGACAUGCAGGCGCUGGGUGUCCUGUUGGCUGAGAUGGUGUUUGCCACCAGGGUCCGGACACUGCAGCCUGAUGCGCCUUUGUGGGUACGCUUCGAGUCUGUUCGGGGGCUCUGCACACGCCAUCCCAAGGAGGUCCCUGUGUCUCUGCAGCCUGUGCUGGACACGCUCCUGCAGCUCAGUGGCCGUCAAGGCCCCGUGGUUGCAGGGAGGGGCAAGCUGGGCCCGCUGUUCGAGUACAGGCCCGUCUCCCAGGGAUUGCCCCCGCCCUGCCCGGCCCAGCUCCUCAGCCCCUUCAGCUCCGUGGUUCCCUUCCCUCCUUACUUCCCUGCGCUGCACAAGUUCAUCCUCUUGUACCAGGCAAGGCGCGUGGAGGACGAGGCCCAGGGGCGGGAGCUGGUCUUUGCUCUGUGGCAGCAACUGGGUGCAGUUUUGGGUGACAUCACCCCCGAGGGCCUGGAGAUCUUGCUGCCUUUUGUGCUGUCACUCAUGUCUGAGGAGCACACGGCCGUGUAUACGGCCUGGUACCUAUUUGAACCUGUCGCCAAGGCACUGGGCCCCAAAAACGCUAACAAGUACCUACUGAAGCCUCUCAUUGGUGCCUACGAGAGCCCCUGCCGGCUACACGGGCGCUUCUACCUGUACACCGACUGCUUUGUGGCCCAGCUCAUGGUGCGGCUGGGCCUGCAGGCCUUUCUCGUCCACCUGCUGCCCCAUGUCCUGCAGGUGCUGGCGGGUGUGGAGGCCUCCCAGGAGGAGAGCAAGGGCCUGGCGGGGGCUGCAGAGGAUGAGGAAAGUGGGCUCCCGGGGGCCAGGCCUAGCUCCUGUGCCUUUGGGGAGGAGAUCCAGAUGGAUGGGGAGCCUGCCGCCUCCUCGGGCCUGGGGCUGCUGGACUACACGUCUGGCGUCAGCUUCCACGACCAGGCCGACCUCCCUGAGACAGAGGACUUCCAGGCCGGGCUCUACGUGGCCGAGUCCCCUCAGCCCCAGGAGGCUGAGGCUGUGAGCCUGGGCCGGCUGAGCGACAAGAGCAGCACCAGCGAGACCUCCCUGGGCGAGGAGCGGGUGGCCGACGACGGGGGCGCCCCGGUGGACAAGAGCAGCCUCAGGUCAGGUGACAGCAGCCAGGACUUGAAGCAAAGCGAGGGCUCCGAGGAGGAAGAGGAGGAGGAGGAAGGCUGUGUGGUGUUGGAGGAGGGGGAGGGGGAGCAAGAUGAGGUCCCCGAGGCGUCUGAGCUCACGCUGUCCAACACGGUGCUGUCCAUGGACACGGUUGUGGCCGGUGACGGUGGGGCUGACGGGGAGGAAGAAGAGGAACCACUGAGCGAGCAGUCGGAGGGCAAAGAGCAGAAGAUCCUUCUUGAUACGGCCUGCAAGAUGGUCCGCUGGCUGUCCGCCAAGCUCGGCCCCACCGUGGCCUCUCGCCACGUGGCCCGGAACCUGCUCCGCCUGCUGACGUCGUGUUAUGUUGGGCCCACGCGGCAGCAGUUCACCGUGAGCAGCGGCGAGAGCCCCCCGCUGUGUGUGGGCAACGUCUACCAGAAGAGACCAAUACUGGGCGAUGUGGUAUCGGGACCCGUGCUCAGCUGCCUCCUCCACGUGGCCCACCUGUACGGGGAGCCCGUCCUCACCUACCAGUACCUGCCCUACAUCAGCUACCUGGUGGCUCCGGGUAGCACCUCAGGCCCCAGUCGACUGAACAGCCGCAAGGAGGCGGGGCUGCUGGCAGCGGUGACUCUGGCCCAGAAGAUCAUCGUGUACCUCUCGGACACCACCCUCAUGGACAUCCUGCCCCGUAUCAGCCACGAGGUCCUGCUGCCUGUGCUCAGCUUCCUCACUUCCCUCGUCACGGGGUUCCCAAGUGGAGCCCAGGCCCGGACUGUCCUGUGUAUGAAAACCAUUAGACUCAUCGCCCUCAUCUGCCUGCGCAUCGGACAGGAGAUGGUCCAGCAGCACCUGAGCGAGCCCGUGGCCACCUUCUUUCAAAUCUUCUCUCAGCUGCAUGAGCUUCGGCACCAGGAGCUGAAGCUGGAGUCCGUGGGCCGCGGUGAGGGCCAGCUGCCAAAGGUGGCCUUCUCCGAUGGGCAGCUGCGGCUGGUGGACCCCACCCUGCUGGACGAGCUGCAGAAGGUGUUCACCUCGGAGAUGGCGUAUACGAUCUACGUGCCCUUCUCCUGCCUGUUGGGUGACAUCAUCCGGAAAAUCGUCCCCAACCACGAGCUGGUGGGGGAGCUGGCGGGGCUGUAUCUGGAGAGCAUGAGCCCAAGCAAUCGCAGCCCUGCCGGCGUGGAGCCCACCGCGCCCAGCACCGGCCCUGAGUGGGACCCCCAGGGUGGGGGCUGCCCCCAGGACGAUGGCCACUCGGGGACCUUUGGGAGCGUCCUGGUCGGGAACCGCAUCCAGAUCCCCGAUGACUCCCAGCUUGAGAGCCCCGGCCCGCUGGGCCCCAUCUCCGGGCUGGGUGGCGGGGCCCUCGGCAACCGGAGCGAGGAGAACGUGCUGAAGCGAGAGCUGCCGCGGAGCGCGCACGGGCUGAGUGGGAACUGGCUGGCGUACUGGCAGUACGAGAUCGGCGUGAACCAGCAGGAUGCCCACUUCCGCUUCCACCAGAUCCGCCUGCAGAGCUUCCCCGGCCACUCCGGGGCCGUCAAGUGUGUGGUGCCCCUGAGCAGCGAGGACUUCUUCCUGAGUGGCAGCAAGGACCGCACCGUGCGCCUCUGGCCCCUCUACAACUCUGGGGACGGCACCAGUGAGACGGCCUCACGCCUCGUCUAUGCCCAGCACCGCAAGAGUGUCUUCUUCGUGGGCCAGCUUGAGGCCCCGCAGUGUGUGGUGAGCUGUGACGGGGCUGUGCACGUCUGGGACCCCUUCACAGGGAAGACCCUUCGCAUGGUGGAGCCGUCGGACAGCCGGGUGCCCCUGACUGCUGUGGCUGUCAUGCCCGCCCCCCACUCCAGCAUCACCAUGGCCAGCUCUGACUCCACCCUGCGCUUUGUGGACUGCCGGAAGCCUGGCCUGCAGGUCAGGGGCAUAUCCUGUUCCCUGAGCCCCGGCCUGGGUGCCUGGCAGGGAGGAGAGACCCCUGAAGAGAGGAGGCCAGGGCAGAGUUUCUCUUUGGUGACAGAUCAUCCGCAGCAGCAGACCCUGGGGGUUGGGGGGUGGGACUCGGGCUCUGGGAGUUGGGGAGCCCCCCCUCGAUGGGGGACGAGGGUCAGGCCUUCCAGCUGUGUGGGUUGGGGGAUGAACUGGACCUCGGGGAGAUGCGGGUUGGAGCAGGCGGUGGCGCCUCAGCGUGUCUUCCUCUGCCCGCAGCAUGAGUUCCGCCUGAGCAGCGGGCUGAACCCUGGGCUUGUCCGCUCCCUGGCUGUCAGCCCCAGCGGCCGGAGCGUGGUGGCCGGCUUCUCCUCGGGCUUCAUGGUGCUCCUGGACACCCGUACGGGCCUGGUUCUGCGUGGCUGGCCUGCCCAUGAAGGGGACAUCCUGCAGAUCAAGGCGGUGGAGGGCAGUGUCCUGGUCAGCUCCUCCUCUGACCACUCCUUGACUGUCUGGAGGGAGCUGGAGCAGAAGCCCACGCAUCACUACAAGUCAGCAUCCGACCCUAUCCACACCUUCGACUUGUACGGCAGUGAGGUGGUAACCGGCACCGUGGCCAACAAGAUCGGCGUCUGCUCCCUGCUUGAGCCGCCUUCCCAGGCCACCACCAAGCUCAGCUCCGAGAACUUCCGCGGCACGCUCGCCAGCCUGGCCCUGCUGCCCACCAAACGCCACCUCCUGCUGGGCUCAGACAACGGGGUCAUCCGCCUCCUGGCAUAGUCCGAGGCGAGAGCUGGCCAGGCGGAGGUGGGCACACGUCCUCCGGGAGUCCAUCCCUCACCUUUGUUUCCCCAGCAGCAUCCCUCCUGGCAAGCCUCAGGCUCCACCCAUGCCCUGGGUACCCGCGUGGCCUGCCGGCUAAGGUGGCGUGGAGGUCUGGGCUCCUGAACCCCCAGAGCCCCUGAGGCUGCCAGAAGGGAUCUCGUUCAUGGCUUGGGGCGAAUGCUGCUCCACCGAGCCAGUAGGAAGCAAGAGGGAGAGCCUGGGGAAAGCAUCGCUGCCCUCUCUUCUCCCCAGCUCCACCCUCCGCAUCCACAUGGGGACAGGAAGCUCUGGGAAGGGGAAGGGAGACUCUCCCUGCCUAGCCAGUCUCCAGCCACAGCACCCCUUGCUGGGCUCUCUCAGCCCCUGUCCUGCAAGGACCGGGACGCCACCCCAGCCCGGGACACUGAUGGUGCUUGGACUCCAGCCUCUAAGGGCUGGCCAUGGUUCAGGAGUUAGGGGCCUUGGGCGGGGGUUUAAGUGUCCUCCCAGUCAGGCCCUGCCCAGUGUGGGACCAGUAGGGGAAGAAAGAGGGCAGGACCAAAGGAGAGAAGAUGGACUGGGCCCGCUGGUGCCUGCCAGGAGCGACCCCAUGCCUUGCCUGCCCACCUGUCAACACAGUGUUUGUGCCUUGAGCUGGUGAGAGAGCCCCUGGGUCCAGAGCCCCUGGGGGAGCAGGUCCAAGACCCUGAAAGAAGGGGCAAGAAGGAUCAUCUCUGCAUCUCAGGUCUCCCUCCCCCAGGGGACAGGAAGACCCAGGCAUCCCCGGGUCCUCACAUUCUGGAGCAGAGAUGAGGUCUGAGGCUGGGCCUUUGCUGCCUUCUCACUAUUUGCAAUAGAUGUAAAUAUGAUCAAUAAAUUCUUUGGAAGAGCCGUCGGACCGAGUGAGGCUUCUCUUUUUUC